AUGGCAAAUGAGGGAGGAUGCUGUGACAGUGAUAGGGAGCAUGAAAGUAUGAAAGAGGAACUGGCAAACUCGACAAAGUCUGAAAAACUGCGGGAAGUGGUUAAAAAAUCAGCAUUGAAGGUGCAAAACGUCGAUGUGCAAAAAGAAGUGCACGUGAAGGUAAACCAAGGAGAUACAUUCAUAAUGUCGAUCAAAGACUCACUGGUAGAUACUAUUAAUACGAUCAACAAAAUUGCAAACUUCCUGAAACAGAUGCCAUCCCAUUUGAACACUUGUUACAGGCUGAGGUCGACUUAA